CGAUUUUAUCCAUUGAUUGCGAUUGUAGUAGAUAAAUUAUUAAAUGUCGAUCAGACAUAAUCUUAUACAGUAACGUUUUCUUAUUCGAGAUGAUACGUUAUAAUAAAAUUUUUCUCUUUAGUGUAUUUUUUGUAAAAAUUAUUCUAAACAACGGUUUCGAAAUUAGUUGGAGAUGUAAAUCUAACGCUGAAUGUACGGCUGCUAAUAGUGAAUGCAUUAACGAUAUUUGCAUUUGUAAGCCAGCUCAUACUUAUAAUGCGAAUAUGACCAAGUGUCUCAAAGUUGCCAGCUUUUAUGAACAAAAAUGUGAAGAUACGGUUCAAUGUUCCGCAUAUUUGUGGAACGGUGGAACUUGUGAAUUUCAAUUGGACAUUUUUAACGAAACAAAUUCAAAAAGUAUUUGUGUUUGUGGAGAAGGAUAUCAUUACCUACAUGGAAGGUGUUACCGUUCUUCAGGUUUGGGCGAGAAGUGUUCAACGAAUGAUGAUUGUUACGUGAACUCGGAUUUCGAGGCCUCUUCAUGUAAAAAUGGAAUUUGUAAUUGUAGCGAUGGUUUUUAUAAAAGAGAAUAUCGAACCUGUCGUCGAGAAUCAAACGAAAUUGGACAAAGUUGUCUGAUAGAUAAAGACUGCAAAUUAAACAACACAAAGUGUAGCAGUGAUUUCAAAUGUGUUUCCACUAAACUGAGAACUUCUUUCCCUACGCACUUUAAUAGAGUUGACAUUAAAAAUGAUGUUCAUAAUGAAACCAAUUCGGAAAACAAAUGCAAAACAGAUAAAAAUUGUAAAAAUAAAAAUACAAUCUGUGGUCCAGAUUUAACAUGCAUUUGUAAACGAGCUUUUUUCUCUCUCAAUGGACAAUGCAUUCCAGAAUUAGGAGAACCUUGCCUAGAAACAGAUGCGAAAAACAUUGAUGAUUCAGUCUGUCGAGAUGGAAAGUGGACAUGCAAGGUUGAUAAGAUUGCUUCUAAAAAUAAUAGAUUUUGCAGAAAUGUUACGCUAGAAUUUAGAAAACCUUGUAAUUAUAACGAAGAAUGCUACAUUUUUGGACCUGAUGCUGUAUGCAAAAAAUUAAAAUGCAAUUGCAAUGAUGAUUCACAUUUUAUUCAAGAUGAACUAUUCUGUUGGAGAAAUAAGGGAAUUGGAGACAAUUGCUCCAGCGAUAAUGAUUGCCAUAUUCCAGAAUCAAAAUUUCAGCUCCAUUGUGAAAGUAAAAAUAAAGAUAAAUCAAAUCCUGUUUGUCGUUGUCCUAAAGGUUCAGCGCCAAAUGAAGAAAAUACAGAUUGUACCAAAAUUCCAACUGGAAUUGAUGCAAGUUGCACAGAAGCGAAAGAUUGCAACGUGAAGAAUGGCAGCUGCAUUUCAAAUAUUUGUAGUUGCGUCAAAAAUUUUAUUCCCCUAUCUACUAAUGAAUGUAUCGAAGUUUCUUCAUACGGAAAUAAAUGUGAUCACCAUAUUCAGUGCAAUGCAACAUUAACAAAUGGCAUUUGCUCACGAAAGAGCGAUACAGUUGAAGGAGAAAUUUCAACUUCUGGCAUUUGUUCAUGUGACCAUACUGACCAUUAUAACAAUGGUAACUGUUUUAAAAAGAAAUUACUGGGUGACUCUUGUGAAAAUGAAAGUGAAUGUUUUUUGGAAAAAGAUAUUAAUCGAAUUAAAUGUACAAACGGAAUUUGCUCCUGUGGACGGAAAUAUAAAGAAUCGGAGAAAAAAUAUUGCAAGGAAAUUAAUGUAAAAGGUGGUUCAGCUGUGUUCUACUUAACGAUUUGGAUUGGAUUGAUAGCAACUGUCUGCAAUUUACUAAUCUUUUGAAUUAGUAAUUUACAAAUUAACUUCGAUAAAGGAGAGAAACGUUAAAGGAUAAGAGAAAAAGAAUAUUUUUUAUGAAAAUCAGGGAAAAUUCAAAGAAAUACAGAAU